GCUGACAUUGAAUUCCAAGUGGUAAUAUAAAACCACAUAAAACCAAAGAGGUAGAGAGCUUCUAGGAUAAAAUGCUUGAACUUUAUUAGUCAGAGAAAAACUAAUAAAGCGUUUUGAUGAGCCUUGUAGCUAGCAGAACGCUAAGGAGACAUAGAUUGAUGCGCUACAGAUGUAUUUCUCUCACAAAGCUGCGGUCGAACUCGAUGGGGUAAAUUCGUGUCCUUUGUCAUUGACAGUUGUUUGUGCUGAUUGUGAUAUUUUAAUAGUAGAAUAGAAAAGUUAAACCUGUUGGCGUUGUUAUGCCUUUGCACGACUAUACGACGGGAAAAGUGAUAGGCAAAGGAACGUAUGGAGAAGUAUCUUUGGUGAAACACAAGAACGAUAAAAAGCAGUAUGUGAUUAAACGGGUUGAUAUUCACAAAGCAUCUAAACGGGAACAGGAAGCAGCCGAACUAGAGGCGCAACUGCUAUCUCAAAUAAGGCACCCCAAUAUUGUUUCAUAUAAAGAAUCCUUCCAAGCUGAUUAUGGAGUCUUGUGCAUUGUCAUGGCAUACUGUGAAGGUGGUGACAUGUAUUCCAGACUUAAGGCUCAGAAAGGCACAUAUUUGGAGGAGAGACAGAUUGUGGAAUGGUUUGUUCAAAUCGCUAUGGCACUUCAGUAUCUACAUGAUCGACGUAUUCUCCAUCGUGAUCUGAAGACACAGAAUAUAUUUUUAACCAAAAGUAAAAUAAUAAAGGUUGGGGAUCUUGGAAUAGCUAAAGUUUUGGAAAAUGCUUCUGAUAUGGCAACUACGUUGAUCGGAACGCCUUACUAUAUGUCUCCUGAGUUGUUUUCUAACAAACCGUACAGUUACAAGUCCGAUGUCUGGGCGUUAGGAUGUUGUCUCUAUGAGAUGUGCACUUUGAAACACGCUUUCAAUGCAAAGGACAUGAAUUCUUUGGUGUACAAAAUCCUGAAGGGAAAGCUUCCAACAAUGCCAAAGAUUUAUAGCGAUGACCUUUGCGAUAUUAUUCGCUCAAUGUUGGGCCAAGAUCCGGAUAAAAGACCGAGUGUGGCCAGAUUAUUGAGGCAUUCAUUUAUUAAGAAACAAAUCGCUCUGUUCCUCGAGGGAACCAAGAACAGGCAAAAGAAAAAUUUGAAGUCGAAGGAAGCACAAGGAACCACAAACACACCUGAGUCAUCUAAGGCAUCCGAUUCAGGCUACAGUGGCAUGGAUUCUCAUGAAGAUCCCAAGACAAAGAACUCUGCGAAAUCUAAACCAUCCGGUAACAAAGAUAGUAAUGGCCGCAAUGAACGUUAUGUGGAUUUGAAAGAAAAAGGAGCUCGGGAAAGCGGUAGUCGAGUUGUGUCCAAGGACAAAGCUUCGAAAAUUCCUUCCCACGAGCAACGCCAAGUGAAGGAAGUAACAAAAAUUACGAAAAAGCCACACAAUGAAUUGCAGUCGCAAGAUAAAAGGGCAGCGGAAAUCGAUGGUCGUCCUGAGUCGUCUGACCGCCAGCAGUCAUCGGCAUCUCGGCCGCUACCUCCCAAGCCUCCAAGCCGAAACAUUGUAGAUCCCAGUAACAACCCGGACACGAGAGUCGCACGCGAAAGAAGAAGGUAUAAGGUCCCGAAACAAGCUGGAGAAAAAAGACAUGCUGAUUCACCAGAAAAUUCUAGGGAAAGUGUUGGACACGAGGAACUAAAGCCAAAGGUCUCGUGUGGUAACCCAACCUCAGCCAGAGAACGACGUCGACAACGGGAGAGAGAAAGCAUGGGCAAAGCAUCAGUUUUACCGUCUAGUUUAAGCUCUGAAAAGAUCUCGGGCUCCGCUAUGUCCAGUGAAAAAAGAGUUAGCCAUUCCUCUCAGAGUUCCCCUGUUGAUGUGGACAUUACUGAUGGACCACCUGCAAGAGUUUCGUCAUCGGAAAAGAAAUCUCAGAUAACGAAACGGAAACACAGUGGUAGUGUUGAAAAUCCCUCAAGCGAAGAUACGGACACGGAGGAAUACAGCCAGGAAGAUGAUGAAAUUAGAAAAAAGCCAAGAAGAAAGGAAAGUAGUGACGUGCAUUCAUUAAUCUCGGCGUUGGAUACGACGUUAAAAUUCUCGGAACAAAGACGAUCUCCUGAAUUCGAUCAAGAGACACAGGAGGACAACACUGAUGAACAAGAUGAUCCCGGUGAUGUGUCUGUUUCUACUGGUCGACUGCGUGAUCGUAUUGAGUUUCUUCGCCGGGAUUGCAUCCAAGGUUUGGGCGAGGCAGACUUUCGUGAAGCAUGCAACAUUAUAGACAACCAGCCGGAGGAAAGCGUCGAGCGUGCUCUGGUUGAACUGAUGGGAAGAGUAAAAUUUGAAAAAUAUGGUGGAAAAAUAUGGCAACUUAAAUUUUGCGAAACAUUUAAGCGUAGUUAGACAAUCCUUAUGACGAAUUUUUAUAUGUGCUAUUAGAGUGCUUUCAAACUUUUGCGAUCCACUUCGAAAAUUAGACUAUAUUUAUCUUAAAGUCAGAAUGAAUAAUUUAUGUAUAUACAUGCAGUAUAUAAAUUCUCGUUUGUAUACGUAUUGCAUGUAAUUUGUGUAGCAACUAGUUCGUUGCUAUACACCUGCAUGUGAAAGUGUUUUAAAACGUAGAUUUAAAAAUUUAAAUAUUGAUUUGCAAAAGAACAAUCUGCGUUAAGGGUAGUAUAUAGACUAUAGUAUUUGAAUGUUGCUUUUCGGACAUGUGAAUGUUGCUUUACGCAUCAGGUCAAUUUUGACGAAUUCACAGGUUAAAAUUCCAAGGAUGAAAUCAAAAUAUGCUCAUGUCAUAAGCCAGUGCAGAUUCAGUUGAAAUGGUUCAAAACUAAGUAGAAUUACGUUCUUUGAUGUUACGAAUACAUU